CAGUUUUUACAUGUGAUAUUCAAAAUUUUCUGUGUGAAUGUCAAAUCACUUGGAAAAAUUCAUUGUGUACCAAUAACUUACUAGUCUUUCUUCCGUGAGGAUGUUCCACCUUUUUUUAGAAACUAAGGUUGGGCUGAUGCAAGCACCCUUUUACAGUACACUUCUUCGGUGCACCUUCUGUAACUACCGUUUUUCUGGGUUGGGUAGAGGUAGGAUGUUGUUCAACCGACUUAAUGUUCAUUAUUUUCUAGGAGAUAUUUCGAAUUCAGCUUUCAUCUGUCACUUCCAAAUGAUAUCUCUUCUAUGUGAAGAACAUUUAUGCAGGACCAUUAGGUCUGAAAAUCAGUUGCUAUACACAAAUUAUGCGUGUGUAAGUAUUUGAUCAAAGUGAUGACAAUGAGGAUGAGUUAAUUAGUGGUUCAGUGAUACCAAUGCUCAGUAACCAAACAGGUGGUCUGGGUUCGAUUUCGGACCGAUAUCCUCCUAAUCUUCGCCUAAGUCCAGUAAAGUAGGAAGGUUGGGUGUGUGGUGCUAGCAGCCUCACCACUACUAAUACUUCCAUAGCUCAAGCUUGAAGACCCCCUCCCCCCUACGUGUCUACUACUUGGAACGAAAACAACAGUGGCGAAAAAAUGGAAGAUCGAUUAUUAGAGAUCAUUUGAACAUUCUUGGAAUUCAUGAUCUUAUACUGCCUGGUGGUGGUAAACAGUUGAGCUCAAGUUUCAAGCAUAGAUUCACUUCUUCACCACCGUCAUCAUUAUCAUCAGUAAUUGUCAAGCAAACUGCUGGUAUGACUAUCUUUGAACAGGUAUGGCUUAAUUGGGAUUGGUUGAAGUCCUGUUCUAAUUCUUCUUCUUCUCCAUCAUUCUCAUUGAAAGCAUCCAAUUUAUCACCUACAGAUUGGCUUGAAUUUACUGAUUAUAUUCUAGCGGAAUAUUCAAAAUUAUUAACGCCAACAAUUGGUGGUGGACAGGGGAUUGUGUUUGUAUUUUGGUUGUUGUUAUGGUGUGGACAUUAUAAUGAAGUGAUCAAAUUGUGUAAUCUUCUUCUACCAUUAGAUGGUAGAAAAGAUUGUCGAAGCAGACAAUUUGUACAACAACCACUAUUGGCUGUUGCCAACAAAAUGGAUGUAGAAUAUGAUUAUUUAUCAGAGUUUCGAAAUGCUACUGCUGCCGAUAAUGAGGCUUACAAUGACGACAGUGCGGAGAUUGUCGAUGGUCAUGGUGGACUACUUUCUUGGUGGUGGAAUAAAGAUUUCAGUUUCAUUCAUUUAUGCAUUGGUUUAGCGAAAUUAUGGUUAGGUGAAUCUGGACAGGCUAAAAAACAUUUCAUUAUUUCAACAAAUUGGCUGUAUCAUUAUACUCGGUUAUUUAUUAAUAAUCUUAAAAAAGAAUCAAGAGAUUAUGCACAGGUAUUAUCUUUCAUCACAAUGACAGAAUCCUCAAUGAAUAAUACUGUACCAAAACUUCUGAUACCAAUUCUUUUUCCAAAAGAAUUCUCUCUAGCCAAAUUAUUCUGUUUGAAUAGAACAACUGGUUCUACAGGGGCAGUAUCAGCGUAUUCUCUGUCUCCGGAUGAAGUACAAAUACGAUUUUUAAUGAAGUUGAUGUCCAUCUUCGAACUAUCCAAUUAUGUACCAGAAGUUCUUGAUCUGUGUGAAUUUUGUUUGAAUCUUCUAUCUGAAUCGAAAAAUUGUAACACAUUAUUACAAAGCUAUUCAGAUCAAGAAACUCCGGUCAGACCAUCGUCAUUAUCAUCCUCCCGUCGGUUAGCUUCAGUGUUAGCCAGUCUGCGUGGAAUCAUGGAGAAUGAUAAUUUACACCGUUUCUUGUGUGGAUCAGUUAGUCGGUCAAAUUUUGGUAAUAAUGAAACUGGUAGUAUUGAUGAAGAAGCCCAGUCGGGGAUACAUUCGCGUUUAGCUGAUUUAGAGGCUGCCUUAUGGACAAGAAUGUUUAAACAUGAAUUAGCUCUAGGUCAUUAUGCUAAAGCGUUUACAAAUCUACGAAGUAAUCCUGAUGUCGCCAGGCGUCGAGAUUGUUUACGUCAAUUGGUGGUCACAGUUUGUGAUCGUGGUGAAGCACAGAAGUUAAUUUCCUUUGAUUAUGGAACAAUGGAGAAUGAGUUUCUUACAAUUUUACAAGCUCGAGCUCGUGCUUCUGAUGUCAUCUUGCCAGAUGCUGCUACAGCUGAAAAAUCCACUUCAACAACUUCAAGUUCAAAUCCUUAUUAUGAUGUCUUGUAUGCUUAUCACAUUCAUCGAGCUGAUUAUCGUUCUGCUGCGUCAGUUAUGUUUGAACAUUCUCAUCGAUUAAUCGAGGAUACAAUGUUAGCUGUUUCUAGAUUGAAUAAUUUUCGUUCUGGUGGUGCACGUAUUCUAGUUGGUUUACAACGUCAAGCCGCAUGUCUUGCUUCAGCUAUCAAUGCACUUUAUUUAGUACCUAAAGAGAAUCAAUGGCUUGUAUGUGUAGGUUUAUUCACAAAUGAUUCUCUCCUGUUAGAUGAGAAUGGAAUGGAAAGUGAUUCAGAGAGUUUGGAACAGAAUAGUGAUUGGGCAUUUGCUAAUCCUGAUGAUCUUGUAUCAGAAGCAGCAACAACGACAACAGGAGUAGUUCCUAUUGUAGGUUGUGAAAAUUUGGAUCAAGUGACAGAGAAUUCACGUCAAUAUGAUGGUAAUAUGAAACGCAAUGCUUCAGGAGUACUCGACAACGACGACGCUGACGACAAUAGUCAUAAUAAUCCACUUUCUUUACAACAACCUACAGCAGCAACAAGUAGUCAGGAUAAACGCAUACUAACAUUGAAAGAUUUGUUGAAUGUAUAUACACUGACACGUGCACGACUUCGACUGGCUCAAGCGUGUUGGGAACAAGGCAUGUUGAGAGCUGGAGCUUUUUCACCAAUUGAAGUUGUUCAUGGUUUAUUGUCUGUUGCGUUGUAUGAUGAAGCUGUUCGCUUAUGUGAAUCCUAUCGUCUUGAUCCAACGCCGAUUAUUCAUAGUAUUAGUUCACGUUGUAGUGAAUUAGCUCAGUGUAAAGCUUCUAGCGGUGGUGGGGGCCUCAAUUCUAUGCAUACUUUACGAUCUACUACUAUUGACGUAAUAGUAGGAGAUUAUAAAUCUCAUCGAAAUAAUACACCCGGAGCACGGUGUAUUAAUUCUAUCGCUUCAACUGGUUUACGUGAGUAUCCAAUAUUACCUGGUCUAUCGAAUGAUUCAUCACCAUUAGAGCAUGAAACCGAUUUAGUUCAACAGUCAAUAUCUGCUUUGUCAACAUUGAAUUUAGAAAAGUAUGGAGCUUGUAGAAAUAAUAAUAAUAAUACAUUAUCAGUAACGAACUAUGAAAAUGAUCAAUAUUAUUCAAAGUAUAACUGUUCAAACCAUAGCAAUCUACCAGAAUUAUAUUGGUCUCUGCUAGAAGUUGUUUUAACCCGUCUGGAUCCAUCUCACCCUAAUGACACAUCGUCGGUGUUUAAAUCACAAUCUCCUGGUCAACUGCAUUUAAUUGCCUGUGAAAUUUUACUCAUGUCACGGCCUAAUCAGCUGUAUUUACCUGCGUGGUUAACUUUACGCUUAGUGUCAAGUAAAUGUGCCACAGAACGAACUAUCAAUCUGUUGAGACUUUAUAUAAAGUAUAAUCGUUUAGAGGCAGCUUGUCGUCUGGCAACAGAUAUGCUUGAAACAGCUGUCACUGCGGGUGUAGAUCCUUCAUUGUUUGGUUUACGAUGUACAUUAUCCAAGCUAAGCAAUCGUCCGCCUCAGAAGGGGUUUGAUAAUAAAACACCCACAUCUGGUAUGCUGUAUAUGCCGCAUAAUUUAUUUGUACAAAUCUUGAAUACUUUAAACAUUUUAUCAUCCCGAUCGGAAACAUAUAGAAGUAUGUAUGAAAAUUUAGAAAUUACAUUGAAAAAUUAUCUGCUUCAACUUCAACCAAUUAGCCGUAAUUUAAUGGAGAACGAUGAUUCUAUGUGGACAGCAGACAAGCAGUAUACACAAUCGCUUGUACAUUAUCAAAAUUAUGUCUAA